GUACUAGGCUUAAAGUUGCAACAACGAUAUUUAAGCGGCUGUGUGCCGAGGGUAUAAGCUAAGGAAAUACCAAAAAAAAAGUACCAGAAAGUACGGCCGCGCAAAGAAUACGAAAUUUAAUCUUUCACUGUGUUCGUGCAGAAGCUGUGUCGAAAACAUUAAAAGAAAUGGAGGGAAGUGCAGAUCCACAGAAGAACCUUGAUGGGGAGGAGCAUGCAGAGUUGGACUUCGCUCCCCAUAUGAAGUUCCUGCCAGACGUACUCCCGCACAGAGACAGAACAACCAGUAAUGCUAUCUCCGAUGAGCUCUCGAGUGAUGAAUCGCUGGACUCCUCCACCAUCAGCUACAUGGAAAGAGAAGAGCCAUUACCAGCAAUGGAUAUGUGUAGGAUGCUAGCCAAAUUUCUGCAGCACCAGCAGAACAACCCCGUUUCCCGUCCGACACCCGCAUUCUCGAGGCCCAUUUUGGCAUAUUGGAAAUCGGAGCUGAACAGCAUGCGUCCGGAAGAUGCCGCCAAAGUAGAGAAGAAGAUGACGAUGCUUCUGUGGGACGAGAAGGAAGCAUUAAACUAUUAAAUUACAUAUACUACGUAUAAAUAAAAACAUCCACAUCCGUUGAACAUUCCAUUUA